GUUGAUGGCAUUAACCAGCAGAAUUAGAAGUGAAGAAAUCGUGCAAACACCACUAUUGGGUAGAGCCAAGACUGGAAGAUAACAAAGAAGCUAGAAUCUGGGACCUAGUGUGAUAUUCUCUACUAGAGGACAGAAGCAGGAAGACCGAGGAACAAAGGCCAAGCUAUGAUAGCCACUGGUGGGGUGAUCACUGGCCUGGCGGCCCUGAAGAGACAAGACUCUGCCCGAUCCCAGCACCAUGUCAACCUUAGCCCCUCUCCUGCCGCGGAGGAGAAGAAACCGGUCAGGAGGCGGCCCCGGGCCGACGUUGUGGUUGUUCGUGGCAAAAUCCGGCUUUAUUCCCCAUCUGGUUUCUUCCUCAUUUUAGGAGUGCUUAUCUCCAUCAUAGGGAUAGCAAUGGCUGUCCUUGGAUAUUGGCCCCAAAAAGAACAUUUCAUCGAUGCUGAAACAACACUGUCAACAAAUGAAACUCAGGUCAUUCGGAACCAGGGUGGUGUGGUGGUUCGCUUCUUUGAGCAGCAUUUACAUUCAGAUAAAAUGAAAAUGCUGGGCCCCUUCACCAUGGGGAUCGGCAUUUUCAUCUUUAUCUGUGCAAAUGCCAUUCUGCAUGAGAACCGAGACAAGGAAACCAAAAUCAUACACAUGAGGGACAUCUACUCCACAGUCAUUGACAUCCACACGCUGAGAGUCAAGGAGCAGAAGCAUUUGAACGGCCUUUACUCUGGCUUGUUGGGGGAGCCAGAAGUGAAGCAGAACGGGAGCUCCUGCGCCUCAAGAUUGGCAGCAAACACGGUCACCUCCUUCUCAGGUUUGCGGGGCAGCUUCCGGAUGGAUAGCUCUGUGGAGGAGGAUGAACUCAUGCUCAAUGAAAGUAAGGGUUUGGGGCAUCUCGUACCCCCGCUGCUCUCUGACAGCUCUGUCUCGGUCUUCGGCCUUUAUCCACCUCCUUCCAAGACCACUGACGAUAAGACCAGUGGCUCUAAGAAAUGCGAGACCAAGUCCAUUGUGUCAUCGUCCAUCAGUGCUUUUACAUUGCCUGUGAUCAAACUUAAUAACUGUGUUAUCGAUGAGCCCAGUAUAGAUAACAUCACGGAGGAUGCUGAUAACCUCAAGAGCAGGUCGAGGAAUUUGUCGAUGGAUUCCCUUGUGGUCCCUCUACCCAACAUGGGCGAAUCCUUCCAGCCCGUCAGCAUGGGGCUCCCAAGGAAUAAUUCCAUUGGGGAGUCACUGUCCAGCCAGUACAAGUCCUCGGUGGCCCUCGGACCUGGGGCUGGACAGCUCUUGUCACCUGGAGCUGCUAGAAGACAGUUUGGAUCCAACACAUCCUUGCAUCUGCUCUCCUCACACUCCAAAUCCCUAGACUUAGAGAGGGGUCCCUCCACCCUAACUGUCCAGGCUGAACAGCGGAAACAUCCCAGUUGGCCUCGGCUUGAUCGGAGCAACAGCAAGGGAUACAUGAAACUGGAGAAUAAAGAAGACCCGAUGGAUAGGUUGCUUGUGCCCCAAGCAGCAAUCAAAAAAGAUUUUACCAAUAAGGAGAAGCUUCUGAUGAUUUCAAGAUCUCAUAAUAAUUUGAGCUUUGAACACGAUGAGUUUUUGAGUAACAACCUAAAGCGAGGAACUUCUGAAACAAGGUUUUAAUGUUUUAAACAAUGUCAUUUUCCAAGGCUAUAUAUUUUAAAACUAUUUUUACCAGUGCUUCCUUCUUAAAGCAUUGGCUAUAAGCUUUUUAAAACAAAUGUUCUCUGAUGUACUAGAACUGGCUGCUUAAUUCUGUAAUGGAGAUGGUUGUAUGUUGAGGCUAUAAUUUUGGGUUUUAUUUAUCUUUGGAAAGCAUGAUCUUUUUUUCAAAAUGAAUACAAAAUGUUUGUGUCCCAAUUAAAACUGUGCUUUACUUUUAAGUUCUUCCAUUGGUUGUCAUAUUCAGAGAAUGAAAGAUUUAGUAGGGUACCCAAGUGUGGAGUAGAGGUACCAAAUUCAGACCCAGCUCUCAGUACUAAAUAAUGUGAAUCGGCCAAAUUGGUUCAGUUCUAUGUGAGCUCAUUAAUAAGAACUGAGUAAGUUGGUUGUGACUAUUCCUAUGAGUUCUAGGUAGAUUCUAAUUUUCCAACAUCACUUUUGCUUCAGUUAUGUUUUCAUCAAGAAAUCAUUUAUUCAAGAGCCAUGGCUGAGAAUGCCAGAUGUACUUAAUGGA